CUACGGUAUAUGUUUAAAUUUGAAACUGUAGUCAGCCCAACCUUACAGCAACGAUACCGGCAGCGUCGCUGCGCAGCUCCGUUCUCCGUGUAUUUUUCUCCGGGCAGCCUGAGGUGUGGUGCAUCCUAUAUAUACGCUUAAUACGGUACUAGGAGUAGAAAAGCAUCUACGUAGAAACGGGCCCGGAGCCCAGAAAUGGAACGGGUCGCUGACGUCCCAGCACACGGCGAGUGCAAUCGGGACCCUUCUGACUUUGCUCUUACCAAUAAGAAUCUUGUUUGUUGCUACGUGUGCCGCCUAAUCAAGUCGCGCAACCAGCCCAUGGAGUGUACGACAGUUGCGACGAUCGUACAAGCUUCGGCUGCUUCAGUCAUCAACUUCAUGCGAGCGGUGAUAACAUCGCAGAGCCUUGCGGCCUUGACAGCUGCGGCGCCGCCCCUGGUAGCUAGUACGGCAGCGGCAGCGGCGCCAGCAGCGACGGCGGCGCGGAGAGUCCUAAGCGCCAGCGUGACGAGCGUGCGAGCUUCAUGCGGCGGCGGCGGCGGCGGUGGCGGCGGCGGCGGCGGCCUCCGAGGAUUCUCUGCGUCGAGCGGUGCUACGACCAGUUUAGCGACGGCGGGAGAGGAGCUCGCGCAUACCGAGGCGACGGCGGCGGCGGCGGCGCCCUCCCCAACGCGCAAUCAGCAUUGGGCUCCCUCCAGCUACAGCCACAGUCACAGCGUCACCUCACCCUCCACGCCCUCGUGUGGUGGUUUCGGAGCCUUGAGCGGCGCACAGCAGUACAUGGCGAGAGCGCAUGAGGAGGUGACGGUGCUGUUCGCAGGCCCCGACAGCAUCCGCCCAGGUACCUCCCAGAUCAUUUUGCAUGGGCCCAUUACUGGAAGUUCAGUUGCGCAAGUCUUCGUGCUGCAUUGA